GGGGAGCGGGGCGGCGGCGGGCGCGGAGCCGGAGCCCGGAGCCGUGGCCCGGGGCCGGGGCCAUGCGGCGGGCGGCGGCGCUGGUGCUGCUGGCGGCGGCGCUGAGCGGCCCCGGGGCCGGGGCGCGGAGCUGCCCCGCGCUCAGCCUGGGCUGCAAGUGCGCGGCCGAGCGGGCCAAGGCGAGCGGCGGCCCCGGCGCGCCCCGGCGGAGGGUGGUCUGCAGCGGCGGGGGGCUCCCCGCGCCGCCCGAGCCGCGCCUGCUGCCCGAGGGCACCGUCACGCUGCUGCUGGCCAACAACAAGAUCACGGUGCUGGAGAACGGCUCUUUCUUCGGGCUGCGGGCUCUGGAGAAGCUGGACCUGAAGAACAACCUGAUCAGUACAGUCCAGCCAGGCGCCUUCCUCGGCCUCCCCGAGCUGAAGCGGCUGGACCUCUCCAACAACCGCAUCGGCUGCCUGAGUGCCAGCGUCUUCCAGGGGCUCCCCAACCUCCUCCGACUGAACGUGUCCGGAAACAUCUUCUCCAGUCUCCCGCCCGGUGUUUUUGACGAGCUCCCCGCCCUGAAAGUCGUGGACUUCGCCACCGAGUACCUGACGUGCGACUGCAACCUGCGCUGGGUGCUGCGCUGGGCCCGUGAGCGGCCGGCGCAGAUCUCGGAGCGGACGGUGUGCGCGUUCCCCCGGCAGCUGCGCGGCGUGGCCCUGCGAGGGGCCCGGGACGGGCAGCUCCGCUGCGCGGGAGCCCCGGAGCUGCACACCCACCACCUCAUCCCGUCGCUGCGCCAGGUGGUUUUCCAGGGAGACCGGCUGCCCUUCCAGUGCACGGCCACGUACCUGGACAACAGCACCCAGAUCCGGUGGUUCCACAACCGCGAGCCCGUGCAGGAGGAUGAGCAGACGGGCGUCAUCGUGGAGGAGAGUCUCAUCCACGACUGCACCUUCAUCACCAGCGAGCUCAUCCUCUCCAACAUCCACGUCUCCGCCAACGGCGAGUGGGAAUGCGCCGUCUCCACCUCGCAGGGCAACGUCAGCAAGAAGGUGGAGAUCGUGGUGCUGGAGACCUCCGCAUCCUACUGCCCUGCCGAGCGGGUCACCAACAACCGCGGGGACUUCAGGUGGCCCCGCACCCUGGCAGGGAUCACGGCCUACCAGCCCUGCCUGCAGCACCCGUUCGCCGCGGGCCCGGCGGGCGGGGGCUCGGCGGGCGAGAAGCAGGCGUGGCGGCGCUGUGACCGCGCCGGGCGCUGGGAGGACGGGGACUACUCCCACUGCCUGUACACCAACGACAUCACCCGCGUGCUCUACACCUUCGUGCUGAUGCCCAUCAAUGCCUCCAACGCCCUGACCCUGGCUCACCAGCUCCGCGUCUACACGGCCGAGGCGGCCAACUUCUCGGACAUGGUUGAUGUCCUCUACGUGGCCCAGAUGAUAGAGAAGUUUAUCGGCUACGUGGACCAGAUCAAGCAGCUGACAGACGUGAUCGUGGAGAUGGCCAGCAACAUCAUGCUGGUGGACGACCACAUCCUGUGGAUGUCCCAGAAGGAGGAGAAGGCCUGCAGCAGCAUCGUGCGCUCCCUGGAGAGGAUCGCUGCCCACACGCUGGGCAGCAACUCCCAGCACAUGGCAGUGAACUCUCGAAACAUCGCCUUCGAGGCGUACGUGGUGAAGCCCGAGAGCUACGUGGGGCUGAGCUGUGUGGCGUUCCAGCGCUGGGACAGGACCCCCCCAGGACGUCCCCCCCAGGCCGAGCGGGGGCCCGAGCCCACGCCCGACCAGCAGCUCCGGCUCCGCUGCACCACGGGCCGGCCCAACAUCUCCCUGACCAGCUUCCACAUCAAGAACAGCAUCGCCCUGGCCUCCAUCCAGCUGCCCCCCAGCCUGUUCGCCAGCCCCGGCCCGGCCCCGCCGGGGGCCGACUGCAAACUCCAGCUGCUGGUGUUCCGCAACGGGAAACUCUUCUGCAGCACCGGGAACUCCUCCCGCCUCGCCGACGAUGGCAAACGCCGCAGCGUGGCCACCCCCGUCAUCUACGCCGGGACCUAUGGCUGCGGGGUGGAGAACCUGUCAGAGCCGGUGGCUGUGUCCCUGCGACACCCCGGGGAAGGCACCGACCCCGUGGCUGCCUACUGGAACUUCGAGGUGCUGGGGGGCAUGGGGGGCUGGAGCGCUGAGGGGUGCCAGCUGGGCACCCGCGAGCCCAACGUCACCUCCCUGCACUGCCGGCACCUCAGCAACGUGGCCGUGCUCAUGGAGCUCAGCGGGUUCCCCAGCGAGGCUCAAGGCGCUGUGGAGGUGCUGCACCCGGCCAUGUACACCUGCACGGCUGUGCUGCUGCUCUGCCUCUUCACCACCAUCAUCACCUACAUCGUCCACCACGGCACCAUCCUCAUCCCGCGGAAGGGCUGGCACAUGCUGCUCAACCUCUGCUUCCACAUCGCCAUGACGGCCGCCGUCUUCGCGGGAGGCAUCACCCUCACCGGCUACCGGGCCGUGUGCCAGGCCGUCGGGAUCAUCUUGCACUACUCGUCCCUCUCCACGCUGCUCUGGAUGGCGGUGAAGGCCCGGGUGCUCUACAAGGAGGUGACCUGGAAGGCGCCGCAGCAGCCGGACAGGGACACGGCGCAGGCAGCCCCCAGACCCAUGCUGCGGUUCUACCUGAUCGCCGGCGGGAUCCCCCUCAUCAUCUGUGGGAUCACAGCAGCUGUCAACAUCCAAAACUACCACGACAACAACCCCUACUGCUGGCUCGUGUGGCGGCCCAGCCUGGGCGCUUUCUACGUCCCCGUGACUUUCAUCCUGCUCGUCACCUGGAUUUAUUUCCUCUGUGCCGGGCUCAGCCUCCAGUGCCGACCCUCGCAGCAGAAAGACAUCCCGGAGCCGCUGGAGCCACCGCCACGGCUGGGGGGUACCAGCGACCUCCUGACAGACUCUGGGUCCAUCUCAGUGACGCUGAACUCGGGGCCGGCCUGUCCCGAGGGGGACGGUGUCCACUCCCUGCGGGUGCAGUUCUGGGCACUGCUGGCCACCCACGGCCUGUACGUGGCCCUGUGGACGUUCGGCGCCAUGGCCGUGUCCCAGCGCUGGUACCUGAACAUCGUCUUCAGCUGCCUCUACGGGGUCACCGCCGUGGCGCUGGGGCUCUUCAUCUUCGUCCAUCACUGUCUCCGGCGCCGGGACGUGCUCAGCUCCUGGUUCUCCUGCUGCCCGUCGUACCGGAACGCACUGCCCAUGCAGGCCUACGUGCACCCGGGGCUGGGGCCAGAGGACGGCUCCCAGGUCUUCAUCGGCUGCGACCCCGAGGCCGCUCGCUCCGGAGCCUCGUCCUCCCCGAGCAGCGCCGGCUCUGCCGGGGGCCGGUGCAAGCUCACCAACCUGCAGGUAGCCCAGAGCCAGGCGGACGCUCGCCCGGCGCCCUGCCCCGAGCCGGAGCCGGCCGACGGGAAGCCCCUGAGGCACAGCAGCAACAUCCACGGCCGCAGGAGCCACAGGGGCAGAACUAAGCCGUGCCGGGACGGGAAGCACCACCGCUUGAAAAUGCUGCGGGGCCCCUCGGAGCACCUGUCCAGCGAGAGCGGGAGCCUCCACAACAGCCACUCCGAGAGCUACCCCAGCGGCAGGACCAGCCCGGGCAGCGGCGGCCGGCCGCGGGUGCCGCACGAUGGAGAAGCGCUCCCCAGCCCCUCGGAGGGCAGCGACGGCGGGCGCAGGGUGCCCGAGCUGUGCGAGGCUCGCCGGAGGAGCGGCAGCCGGGACAACCUGCGGCCGGGCGGCGGCGCCGAGAGGGAGGCGAAGCGCCGCUCCUACCCCCUCAAUGUGGGCAGCCACAACGGCGGCUUCAAGGGCAGCAAGUACGACAUCAACCUGGCCGGCGCCGACAGCGUGGCCGGCAUGAAGAGCGGCCUCUGGAAGAGCGAAACCACCGUGUGAAGGUGGGGAAGAACCGACGGGAGCAGGGUUUUCCUGCGGGAGCCGCGGCCGGAGCUGCUCGGGGCACGGCGCUGCGGGAAUCACAGCGUGCACUGGCAGGGAUGGGCCGGGGGCUCCGAGCACAGCACGAUCCCGAGCCCACCCAGCUCCCCGGGGAGCCUCCAGGCAAUCCCUGCCCGCCAGCAGCCGGAAUUGCAGCCGUGCUUUAAUCGCUCCUGCAUGUCACUUGAGAUUGAUCCUAAAUGCUAUUUUAUAUUAUACAGAGGAAAUGUCUAUUUUUCAAAGCUAUAUUAUUGAAUGUAUAUAUGUAUAGACAGAGCCGUAGGUGGCGCGAGGGCCCCGCUCCCGUCCCUGUGCCACGACUGCAAUAUUCCCCGAGGGACCACUCCAAGUGCCCUUUAAGUCCAGGCACCGCAGCCUCAGCCUGAGCAAACUGCAUCUGGAGAGGGAGAGCUGCUCCCUCUGGGACCUUCCUACCUGCCUGCCAGCCCUGGGGGCUGCACGGUGCCAAAGCCAUACUGCAAGGUAAGAGGAGCCUCAGCUCCAAGGUGAGGUGAUUGUCUGCACUGCUUUAAUGCCAGACACUAAAAUAAUGGGCAGAAAAGGCUCGAGGCAUUAAAACCACAGCCAGAAAAGGCUCCCAGGCCCUCAGAGGCUCAAGCCAUGCAAUGGGGUGGGCUGGAAGAUCUGUGCUGCUGCCGGAGCCAGGACUGACCCUCUGUGCCAAAGAACCAAGAUGUGGGAGAGGCCCAGAGCAGCUGUGUCCUAAAUCCAAGUGUUCAAGCUCAGAAAAUAGCUGGGUUUGCUCUCAAGAAGGCAGAGACCAUUCCUGGGAAUGCAAGAGAAUGAUGCUGAGGAAUGAGGGACCUUCCUCAGACAGACAAAGGGCUGGAACCUGGAUAAGCACUUACUGUUCCCACUAAAGAACAAGUUUCCCCUUUCCCCAGCACACGUGAAACAGCCAGGCCACAGAGGCUGCAGCAAAGCACAGGAGGAAGGUGGGAGCCUGGUGCCUCCCCUGCCCUUUCCAGCCUCCCCUGCCUCAGUUUCCCCUGCCUGCAAAUGAGUUUAAUGACGUAGCUACCUCCGAGGGGUUGUGGGGUUGGCAGGGCCACGAGCCAGGGGAGGAAAAAGCACUUAGUGGGGAUUGGUCUCACCUGGGAACCUCUCACCCUAGGAGGCUGGGGCACCCCUGAGCUUAACCUGCCACUCCCUGCCUGCCUCGGCUUCCCUGCCCAACUAAAUGUUGAAAUAUUUCAUUGUCCCUGGUAUUUAACACCAUUUGAAGCCUCACUGCAGCUCCUGCAGCCUCCCCAGCCUGGCUGAUGCCCCGUGUCCUAUUGCUUGCUGCAUCGUGACAGUAUUAGAGGAAAAGCUUUGUAUUCCUAAUUACACUUUGUUUUGUCUGUUUACAAGCGAAUGACAUAUCAACAGAGCUUCCUGCAAUAUCCGGGGGGAGGGGAGGGAAAUAUGCCAAAGAAAUGUCUUUAAAGGGGUCUUUUUGCAUUUUUAUAUGAAUAGAAUGUUUCUAGCAGAUAUGUUUUGUUUAAUAUAUUAAAGAUAUGCCAAUCUGC